AUGUAUCGUAUUGAAGUCCUCCCCGGCACAUCCUCCCAUGUCACGCCCGGAUGGACCUACGUCCCCGACCGCGGCUUCGACCCAGCGCAAGCAGCUAUCACACCUACCAUCGGCAGGAAACGAGGAAUCCGCGAUGGUGGUCGCACCGACUUAUCUUCGCGCCAGAGCAAUGCGAUUAUUCGCCACAUAGCUGAGCUUGACCGGGAGAACCAUCGAGACGUCCAUAUUCCGAUUCCAGUGAAACAGAAGGAUGCAGCCGGUAGAGGGACACGGGGAAAGACGACUUCAAAUGUGCGCCGUAUCCUACAAUCGCAAAAGACCUUCCGAAACUACCUCGAUGACGAGGAGGCGGCCCUGGCCCAAGCCGCACAGUCAACUAUACAACGGCCCUCAAUCAGCAAGAUAACGAAGCCCUCCCGACGAAGUCUAACUCCCGCUACUACCCCCAAGUCACACUCAUCGAAAAGAAAACAAUCCACCCGCGACCCCGACACAGACGAAGACAAGAAGCAGAGCGAGCCAGAAACCGAGAACCAGAAUCGACUGAUCAAAUCGGAGCACGACAACGAUCCUCUUCUCAAAUCGUACAUUCCUUCCGCACCCUCGGAGCGCAUAAUGCAGGCACUCCUGGCCGAACCGCCACUCACAUACAACGCGGCUCGUGCUGGUCCAUCCCUAACCGUCAAGGCACCACGGCACUUUUGCUGUAUGUGCGGGUACUGGGGCAAGAUUCGGUGCAAGAACUGCCAUGUUCGGACCUGCGGAUUGGCUUGUUACAAGGUUCACGAGGACUCGCGGUGCGGAGCGUUCUUUUGA